GUACCAAUACUGGGUGAGGGCCGGUGAGAGGGGUGCGUUCCGUGUCAAGAAUGUUCGACCAGGUGCUUAUCGUAUACAUGCUUAUAUCCCUGGCGUGUACGGACAGUAUGUGAGUGAGCAAGUGAUAACCGUGCAAGCUGGCAGAGCGGCACUGCUGGAAACUUUGUUUUUUCACCCUCCUCGAUCAGGACCGACAUUGUGGGAAAUUGGGAUUCCUGACCGGUCGGCCGCAGAAUUCUUUGUCCCUGUGCUCAACCCAGACAGCCAAUACCCUUAUCCCCCAGUAGGAGAGAAUCGAUUCAGAAACUACGGUGCCUGGGAGCGAUACGCAGAGACCUUUAACUAUUCCACAGGGGACCAGCUGACUUACAUCGUCGGUGUCCACGACUAUUCUAAGGACUGGUGGUAUGUUCAGCCGAUUAUGUUUAUGCCCGAAGGUUCGCCGGUAAAGUAUGCUCAGUCCACGUGGCGAAUCAAUUUUGACAUCUGGGUUACACCCAACCCGAAGGCGGUGUACAUGUUCCGUGCUGCUUUGGCGGCAUCUCACAAUGCGUCCGUUCUUCUCAGAGUGAACAACGUGACGUCAGAUCCAUUGGUCGACACUGAGUACGACUUUCCGCAGGCUACAGCAAACGACAACGCCAUGGCACGCGCUAGCGCUCAUGGGCAGUAUGGUGAGUUCCAUGUCAAAAUCCCCGGUUCGCUCUUCAAAGCAGGAACCAAUUCGAUCUUCCUCACCCAGAAGUACGGAGCUAGACCGCUCUCGCACUUGAUGUGGGAUUACCUCCGACUUGAGACUCCGCCACCACCGAUCACAAGUUAAGAGCAGAGCAUUCAGCAAAGAAGAACGCGGUACAGAAGCCAUAUGCAUGCGCACAGGUCGACGGGAGAGAGAGAAAGAGAACAAGACUGACCACGGCUG